CUAGUCGGUCUAACUCCAGAAGCCGUUUGAGGCUGAGAUUGGGAGGUGUCUAGAUCUAGAGAAGUGCAUAGCGGAUUUGAAGUAGAUAGACCAUACAAGAGCUUAAGCGCUGGUGGUUCCCCCUUGGGGCCGUCGGCGGCUAGCCGGAGCAGGGCUGCAGGGGGCGGAGAAGAUGGAGAUUGUGGCGACGGCUUUUGUCGGUCGUGUCGCACUGAAGCUGUUCGCGUUUCUAGAUGGAAAUUACAAGCUACGACGGAACCUGGAGCAUGAUAUCCAGCGCAUCCGGAUGGAGUUGGACAUGAUCGAUGCCGCCAUCCACGACCACGACGGCCGUCGCUCGAGCAGCCAGGUGCAGACCGCCUGGAUACAGCUCGCGCGCGAGCUGGGCCACAGCAUCGACGACUGCAUCGACCGCUUUUCCCACCGCCUGGCCAAGGACGCCGCCGCGUCGCCGCUCCGCAAGACCGUCAGCAGGCUGAAGACGGCGCCGAUCCGCACGGAGUUCGCCGCAGAGAUCCGGAAGAUCAGGAAGAUAUCGGAAGAGGUGUCCAAGCUGAGAGAGUGCUACGGCGGCGGCGAGUCCAGCACCUCGGAGGCAUCCGCACCGGGCGCCCUCUCCGAGGAGGCGCACGCACUUGCGGCCGACCUCGUGGGUAUGGACGCGCCCCGCGACGAGCUUCUGGAUCUGAUAAGGGACACCGAGGGCCAGCCUAAGCAGCUCAAGGUGGUCUCCAUUGUCGGCUUCGGAGGUUCGGGGAAGACUCUUCUUGCCAGGGAGGUGUACGAGAGCGAUACCGUGGUAUGCCAGUACAAAGCACGGGCCUGGGUUCGUGCGGCGCACAAAGGCGCGGUGGAUGUUCUCAAGGAGAUCCUCGAGGAGCUUGGGGUGCAGGUAACCGGGGAUGCCAGGAAGCUCAGCACAAAUCUCAGAAAAUGCCUCGAGUCAAAAAAGUUCUUCAUUGUUAUUGAUGACAUGAGAACGGAACUUUGGAAUACCAUGAAAAAUUCUUUCCCUGCAGUGAUGGGAGUGAGCAGCAGAGUUGUGGUGACGACACCCAUUCAGUACAUAGCAAAUGCCUGCAGCUCUGCUCACGGUCAUGUGUACGCAAUGAGAACUCUUAGCGAGGAUCUCUCAAGACAGUUGUUCCUCAAAGAAGCUUCCUUGGAGGAUUCAUCGCCUAGUAAUGAGCUCGGUUCAGAAGCACUAAAGAAAUGCGAUGGUCUGCCACUUGCUCUCGUUACCACAGCCCAGUUCUUGCAGAGCAGAGGUGAUCCGACAUGGACAGAGUGGGCAAGGUUGUGCAACAACCUGGGUGAACAUCUGGAAACAGAGGAUACCUUGGCGAGAAUGAAGCACGUGGUUCGCCACAGCUACGCCAGUCUUCCUGACCAUUUUGCCAAGACAUUCUUGCUAUAUCUGGGUAUUUUCCCACGUGGUCACCCCGUGAGGAGAGAAAGGCUCAUAAGGCGAUGGCUAGCUGAAGGAUUAUUUGGAGGAGAUGCUCAACUCGCCACGUGCUAUUUCAAGAAGCUGGUCGACCACAGUAUCAUUCGGCCUAUUGAUGUGAGCAGCAACACAGAGGUGAAGACUUGCCAAACUCACGGCAUGAUGCUCGAGUUCAUCCUGCACAAGUCCAGAUGUGAGAACUUCGUUACCUUGUCACAUGAUCAGGCACGCCCACCCGGCAAGACCCGUUGGCUUUCACUGCAUCAUGAAAGCGCCGGACGGGCCAGGAUGAGUCGAGAGGAUUUACCCUUUGUCCGGUCUUUAACAAUCUUUGGUAAGGCACACAAAUCUGUUUUGGAUUUCUCCAAGUAUGAACUGCUGCGAGUUUUGGAUCUGGAAGAAUGUCAGGAUGAAUUGAGCGACAAGCAUCUCAAAGAGAUAUGCAACCUGUUGGUGCUUAGGUACCUAGGCCUUGGUGGCCCCAUUUCAGUGCUUCCCAAGGAAAUUGCAAAACUAAAACUUUUGGAGACACUCGAUAUAACAAGAACGAAGAUGGAGAUUCUGCCUAUAGAAGUCAUUGAGCUGCCUUGUUUGAUUCAUCUCUUUGGAAAGUUCAAGCUUGAAGAUGUAAGUCAGAGAGUAAGUAAGCUGCAGAGAUUCCUUUCAGAGAAAAGUAAUUUGCAGACGCUAUCAGGAUUUGUUGCUGACAAAGGAAUCGCACAGCUCAUGGAUCAUAUGAAUAACUUGACAAGGGUGAAAAUAUGGUGUGAGUCCACUACGGAUGCCAGCAGCAUAACUCAUCUUUCAAAGUCCAUUAAGGGGUUCAUCCAGAGAGGCACCCAUGCGAGUGACCAUCGUUCACUCUCACUGAAUUUCAACGAAUGUUCCGAAGACUUGCUGAGUUUUUCCCUGGAAAAAUCCUGCCAUCUCAGUAAACUGAAGCUACAAGGCAACAUAUUCAGUCUACCUCCAUUUGUUACCACAUUGGCUGGUCUCACUGAGCUAUGCCUUUCAUCCCUUGGUAAGUUCACCGGGGAUGUACUUGCUUCCCUGAGCAUGGUGCACUCCUUGCAGUACCUGAAGCUGAUAGCGACUCACAUGGAGAAGUUUGUCAUAAGAAAGGGGCAGCUCAAUAUCCUGCUACGCAUGUGCAUUGUAGUGCAAUCCAUGGAAGGUCUAGAAAUCGAAGAGGAGGCUCUUCCGUGUUUCGAGUCCCUCCAACUGCUCUGUAAGGGUGUAAACGGUUUCGGUGGCAUAAGGAUGGAACUCCUCGGACGUCUCAAGGAGGUGGCUCUUGAUGAUGGAUUGAGUGACAAAGCAAAACAGGAGUGGAAAGAAGCGGCGAAGAUGCAUCCCAGACGACCCAAGGUUCUGUUUAUCAAAACAAGGCUGUUCCAUUUUAUCCUUGUCUAUUUCAGAGGCUUCUUUCUUUUAAACCGUGUAACAGAAAUGGGUAACCACAAACAUUACAACGCAGCCAAUUGA